CGAGACAACAGAGGGAACAGCAGGGGGUGGUGCGCGCGGUGGUCGCGGCGGACGCAAGAUGGCGACGGCAACCAUAGCUCUCCAGCUUGGUGGCCAGCAAGGCGGGGGCCCCGAGCCAGCAGUGGCAGCCGCGGCGGCAGUGGUGGCAGCAGGAGACAAAUGGAAACCUCCGCAGGGCUCAGAUGCCAUCAAGAUGGAAAACGGGCAGAGCACAGCCGCCAAGCUGGGGCUGCCCCCCCUGACGCCCGAACAACAGGAGGCCCUUCAGAAGGCCAAGAAGUAUGCCAUGGAGCAGAGCAUCAAGAGUGUGCUGGUGAAGCAGACCAUCGCCCACCAGCAGCAGCAGCUCACCAACCUGCAGAUGGCAGCAGUGACAAUGGGCUUUGGAGAUCCUCUCUCGCCUUUGCAAUCGAUGGCGGCUCAGCGGCAGCGCGCGCUGGCCAUCAUGUGCCGGGUCUACGUGGGCUCCAUCUACUACGAGCUGGGGGAGGACACCAUCCGCCAAGCCUUUGCGCCCUUUGGGCCCAUCAAGAGCAUAGACAUGUCCUGGGACUCAGUCACCAUGAAACACAAGGGCUUCGCCUUUGUGGAAUAUGAGGUUCCGGAAGCUGCACAGUUGGCCCUGGAACAGAUGAACUCAGUGAUGCUGGGGGGCAGGAACAUCAAGGUGGGCAGGCCCAGCAACAUCGGGCAGGCCCAGCCCAUCAUUGACCAGCUGGCUGAGGAGGCAAGGGCCUUCAACCGCAUCUAUGUGGCCUCCGUGCACCAGGAUCUCUCAGAUGAUGACAUUAAGAGCGUGUUUGAGGCCUUUGGCAAGAUCAAAUCUUGUACUCUGGCACGGGACCCCACAACGGGCAAGCAUAAGGGCUAUGGCUUCAUUGAGUAUGAGAAGGCCCAGUCGUCCCAAGAUGCUGUGUCUUCGAUGAACCUUUUUGAUUUGGGUGGCCAAUAUCUGCGGGUGGGCAAGGCUGUCACUCCACCCAUGCCGCUGCUCACGCCUGCCACACCUGGAGGCCUCCCGCCUGCUGCUGCUGUAGCUGCAGCUGCAGCCACAGCCAAGAUCACUGCCCAGGAAGCAGUGGCAGGAGCAGCAGUGCUGGGCACACUGGCCACACCAGGUUUGGUGUCACCUGCCUUGACGUUGGCCCAGCCUUUGGGUGCUCUGCCUCAGGCUGUCAUGGCUGCCCAGGCUCCUGGCGUCAUCACAGGUGUGACCCCAGCCCGUCCUCCCAUCCCGGUCACCAUUCCCUCCGUGGGGGUGGUGAACCCCAUCCUUGCCAGCCCCCCGACCCUCGGUCUCCUGGAGCCUAAGAAGGAGAAGGAGGAGGAGGAGCUGUUCCCCGAGUCUGAGCGGCCAGAGAUGCUGAGUGAGCAGGAGCACAUGAGCAUCUCCGGCAGCAGCGCCCGCCACAUGGUCAUGCAGAAGCUGCUCCGCAAGCAGGAGUCCACAGUGAUGGUUCUUCGCAACAUGGUGGACCCCAAGGACAUUGAUGAUGACCUGGAGGGGGAGGUGACCGAGGAGUGCGGCAAGUUUGGGGCUGUCAACCGCGUUAUCAUCUACCAGGAGAAGCAGGGGGAGGAGGAGGAUGCGGACAUCAUUGUCAAGAUCUUUGUGGAGUUCUCCAUGGCUGCAGAGACGCACAAGGCCAUCCAGGCCCUGAACGGGCGCUGGUUUGCUGGCCGCAAGGUGGUGGCCGAAGUGUAUGACCAGGAGCGAUUUGAUAACAGUGACCUUUCUGCGUGACCUCGGCCCUUGCCGGACUCUUCCUUGUUCUUGUCUGUGUUUUAUAUGA